AUUGACAACAGAUAAAUGUGAAAGAAUUGUUAAAUCAUAACCCCUUAAGAAAAAAAGCAAACAAAAAUGAUAGACAUUAAGUUUGCUUUGUAUUCACAAACUGAUAUCGAACAGAUGUUAUAUUAUUUCUCACCUCAAUCUUUGUCUAACUUAAACCUUACUGUCUAAGAAUUGGUGCUCUGUCUGUUUGCUAAUUUUUUUAGUAUUUCUGAUUAUUGAAACCGUUGUUGAAAUAAUUGAGAAUGUACUGUGAUAACCCUUUGAAAAACAUGCUACUUUAUUUUCUUAACAACAUGCACAGGUAACAACACUGUCAUUAAGAAAUUAACAAAUGGCAGCACUAAUUAUGAUGUUUUAAAUCCCUGGAUGGAGAAUUAUAUUUGCAGUCACAAUGAUGAGGAACAAAGAAAAGUUGCAACUAUGCACAACUUUGAAUUGACUGUUGACAGUUCAAAGAAUUUUUACCAAACAUUGCGGGAAGCAUCAAAGAUAUUAAAAGAGCAAAAGAAAGUUUGUCUCAGUGGUGUUGGUUGUGACGUAACAAGAACUAUUAACGUUGCGGAAGACUUAAAAUCACAAUUCAGUCUUUAUCAACAUAAUGUAGCACACUUUGUAGAAUAUACGGAUAAAUGGAUACCAAAAAUUAAAGAAAGUGGAAUGGAUAGUCUGGAAGUAACACGUCAUGUUCCAGCUAUUAAAGUGCUGUUAUCAAAAGCAAAAGUAGACAAUGCAGUCGCCUUUGAUCAGGAAGAUGUUUUAAAUCAUAAUAUGAUUAAGCUGCUUCAAAAAGAGGCUAGGUCACUCAAUCAAACAAGGAUGUCCAAUAGAAAUUAAUUCCUUGCAAGGUUUUUAAUGUAAAUGGAUUUUAUUCAUGAAAAAUUGGAAAUUAUAUAUUUUACAGAAUAUCUAUUUGUGUAGUAUUUUAGGCAUCGACAUUGCCAUUAAUUUUUUUUUACAUUUUACAAGAGUAUUUUCCACUUCAAGAAAAUUUUCUGUGGAACAGAAUAAAAAGGAACAGAUAAGCUUCCGGGUAUGCGUACAU